UGCCGCUCCCGCUUCAAGAGCGCGCUCCGCUAGCCCUCGGGCGUGGCGCCCGCGCCCGCGUCCCCGCCGGCCCCGCCGCGCCGAGGACGCGAGGCCCGGCGGGCGGCGCGGGCCGAGGGUUCGCCGCGCCGGGAGGCCGCGUACCCCGCGCUGCGCGCGCUCGCCAACGAGCUGCACCCCAUCAAGCUGCAGCCGCAGCGCGGCGGGCCCGGCGGCGUCGCGCCGCUGUGCGCCGUCCCCGGCCGCUGCGCGCAGCCCGAGCCGCCCCCGGGGCCCGCCCCGCACGUGCGCUGCCGCCUGGACAUCAAGCCCGACGACGCGGUGCUGCGGCACGCCGCCCGGGGCUCGCGGCCCUGCGGCCCCGCCGACGCCGCGCCCUGGGCCCGCGCCGCCCCGCAGCUCUACGGCCUCACGGUCCCCGGGCCCCGCCACGCCGCCCUGUCCCGCACUCCCACCCCCAGCGACCUGUACUGCGCGGACCCCCGGGCGCUGUACUGCGACGGGCCCCUGCCCGCGCCCCGGGACCAGCCCUUCGCCGCGCCCCCGGGCCCCACCCGCUUCUUCUACACCGAGGAGCCCGAGGCCUACGCGGGCGGCUUCGCGGCCAGCCCGGGGCCUCCCUUCGAAGGCUACGGCUCCAGGCCCUACCCGUACGAGGAGCGCCCGGGGCCCAGCCCCCGGCGUGCGGGCAGAUACUACCCCGGGGACGCGCGCACCUUCCCCGUACAAGAGCCGCCCGCACGCGCCUACUCCGGGGAGGCC